GCACAUUAUUUUCAUAAAAAAAUCUCGAUCUUUUUGCUGUUAAUUUUAUUCUAAAAAUAAGACGAUCUCAUAUGAUCAAAAUUUACAUUAUUAAUUCUCGCCUGCCUGGCUUUUAAAGAAAUGCGCAAGCAAACAUUUUAUGUCAACAAGGGAUUUUUCUAUAAAAGCCUCAAGAAAUGCCUUUAUGCCUUCAUAUCAAAAUAGUGUAACAAAUAAGAAGGUUGAUAAUUCUAUAAUAUAGUAUAUUAAUUUAAAAGAACCAAAAAUGUCAAAAGCAAAAGAUAUUACAAGUGACAUUCAAAAAGAUCAUUUGAUUAAACUUCUAUCGAGAUUCAUGAGCCAACGGGAGAAUGAUCAAAAAAAUGUUGAAGACACGUUGUUUGAUAUGUUUAAAACUGAAUCGACGGGACUUUUGUCGAUGGGUCGUUUUUUAGCAGCAUUGCGAACAACGGGCAUUCGUCGAACUGAUCCGAGAAUUGUUGAAAUGAUGGAUAACUUGAAGAAAGUUUUUAAAACUAAUAAUUACGAAGGUGGGAGCCCAGAGACAUUGAAUUUGAAUCGGGAAACGUUUAAAGCAGUUAUUGAACCAAAUAUUGUGUUAAUUGCGAGAGCUUUUCGUCAUCAAUUUGUUAUACCGGAUUUUUUGGGCUUUACGAAGGAUAUCGAAGAAAUUUAUUGGAGGUGUAAAACGAAUACCGAUGGAAAAGUUGCAUCAUAUAUUCCUCAAUUGGCAAGAGUAUCGCCUGAUUAUUGGGGUGUUUCAGUCACCACAAUCGAUGGACAGCGUUUUGCUAUAGGAGAUGUUCACGUACCAUUUACACUUCAAAGUUGCAGUAAGCCUUUGACGUAUGCUGUUGCAUUAGAAUGCUUGUCUCAAGAAAUUGUUCACAAAUAUGUUGGGCAGGAGCCAUCAGGAAGGAAUUUUAAUGAACUAGUUUUAGAUCAUAACAAGCAACCACAUAAUCCAUUGAUAAAUGCUGGUGCUAUUCUUGUCUGUUCAUUGAUGCAAACACUAGUUCAUCCCGAAAUGACUUUAGCUGAAAAGUUUGAUUUUACACAAAAUUGGUUUGAACGCAUGGCAGGAAUGGAAAACUUUGGAUUUAAUAACUCAGUCUUUCUAUCAGAGCGUGAAGCUGCUGAUCGAAACUAUGCCUUAGGAUUUUACAUGCGUGAAUAUAACGUCUUUCCAGAAAAGACAAAUUUACGCGAAUGUCUAGACUUUUAUUUUCAAAUAUGUUCGAUGGAAACAACAGCCGAUUCUAUGUCAGUUGUUGCUUCCACUUUAGCAAAUGGGGGUAUUUGUCCGAUAACUGAAGAAAAGGUAUUUAGACCUGAUGUUGUACGCGAUGUUCUCUCUUUAAUGCAUUCUUGUGGAAUGUAUGACUAUUCGGGACAGUUUGCGUUUCAAGUAGGCCUUCCUGCAAAAUCUGGAGUUUGUGGCGGUAUUAUGCUAAUAAUUCCUAAUGUUGCUGGUAUUUUUGCUUGGUCACCUCCUCUUGACAUUUGCGGCAAUUCUGUUAGAGGUGUUCAAUUUUGCAAGGAACUUUUGAAUGUAUUUAAUUUCCAUCGUUAUGAUAAUUUGAAGCAUGCAACAAAUAAGAAAGAUCCGAGAAGACAUCGGUACGAGACAAAAGGACUUUCAAUUGUAAACUUGCUCUUCUCUGCUGCUUCUGGAGAUGUUACAGCAUUGAGACGACAUAAAUUGUCUGGAAUGGACAUCAGUCUGAGUGAUUAUGACGGAAGAACAUCUUUACAUUUAGCCGCAGCAGAAGGGCAUCUUGAUUGCGUUAAAUUUUUAUUGGAGCAUUGUCAGGUCCCACACAAUCCAAAAGAUCGAUGGGGAAAUACUCCUCUAGACGAAGCGGAAACGUUUAAUCAUGAAAAAGUAGAAACAUAUUUGAGAGAGUACGAAGCAGGAACUAUAAAAUGUAAUGAUAAGGAUAAAUCAGAAAUUAAUUCACAGCCCAUAUUUUCGCUUAAUAUGCAUGAAGUUUUAAACAAGUCAGAAUCAAAAGACAGCUUGUAUGAUAAAAGUGAAUCAUCUUCACCAAUUCCUCCCUCAAGUGAUGGAGAUAAGCUUCUUUAA